AUGUUGCACUACAUCGCUGCCAGCUGCGCGUUGGUGGCGCUUCUGUGCGCGCCGCCAAGCUCUGCGGCAAUCCACAAACGCAGUGGAGCGCGUACGGGCAAUUCGGUGGGCACCGAGCCAGAGGCGACGUCUACGCAAAUGCAUAAUGUCGAACCGAGCGCAGAGAAUACGGAUCUGCUGGAUAAACUAAGCUGGAAGUGCGCCAACAAUGCCAGCUGCCUGCAUAGCGUGGCCAAUGGCAUUAUGUCCUCGUAUCGUCGUGGGGAGACGAUUAAACUGGGUCUCUUCGACUUGGUUAAGCUGCCACCUCUGGAUGAGGCGCACAAGCACAAGUGGGGCACUGGUCGCGGUAUGUCCAGCUUCAUGGAUUUCGUCAGCGGCAAUGCAAUUCGUGUGCCUGUGGGGCCGAUGGUGUUCAGUGUGCAGCGGGCCGAGGAUGACAGCGACUACAUUGAAGUGGCGCUGCUGAAGAAGGCGUCGAGUGGCACAGGACGUCUGCAAGGCAACGGCGGUGGGGGCGGCGGACUGCUCGGCGGCGGAGGCGGCGGCGGCCUUCUGGGCGGUGGUGGCGACAGCGGCGGUGGUGGCCUGCUCGGUGGACGUCGUCGACACCAGCAUCAGGAUAAGAAGCAAUUCCAAAUGUACAUACCCAUGUAUCUGGCCGCCACAACCUUUGGCUGGACCAUGGUGGCAGCCAAGGCGGUGGGUCUGCUGACCCUCAAGGCUCUAAUCCUAUCAAAAAUAGCCUUUGUCGUGGCAGCCAUUGUGCUGAUCAAGAAACUAAUGGACAAUGCCAGUGAAAAAAUGAUGUACCAGUUCCCUGAGCACACGCCCUACAUGAUGCCCUAUGGCAUGGACUAUCCCAUGCACUCCGCGGACAUCUCGCCAGAGAUGUUCCCCGGUGCACUGCACCAGCUGGCUGUUGCCGGCGGUGGCCAGAUGCCACACCCAGGCCAUCCGGGCCUGGAGAGCAUGGGCGCUGAGAGUCAUGUGCAGUCGCAGGUCUCAGGCGAUGGCAGCAACAACACCAACCCGCUGGCCGCCCUUGGCGCGUAUGGCGGGCUGGGGCAUAAGAUCAAACGUGAGGACUCUUGGAAAGCGAAGAGUAAGUCCACGCCGGCAAGACGCCCCCUCAUCUACAACUACAUGCAGCCACAGAUGCCCUUCUACCGUUCGUAG